AUGAACAUUCGCCAGAUCGUUUCAAAGGAGAUUCGAGAAAGCAGAAAUAAGUCCCACUCAUCGCCUAUUGCUCUCAUCGGAUGCGGUCCGGCAUCAAUUUCAUGCGCCUCAUUUCUUGCCAGACUUGGUUACACCGACGUUACAAUAUACGAGAAGCAAAAGUAUAUUGGAGGAUUGAGUUCCUCAGAAAUACCGCAGUUCCGUCUACCAUACUCAGUGGUCGAUUUCGAAAUCCAACUAGCACGAGAUAUUGGAGUAAAGAUUGAGACCGGACGAGCACUUCACAAAUCAGACCUUACUGUUGAAAAACUGAAGUAUACCGUUUUCCUUUAA